CCCAAAAUGGAGUUAAUCCUGACUGGGAGAAGAAAGUUAUUGAAUACUUCAAGGAAAAGCUGAAGGAAAACAAUGCUCCUAAAUGGGUACCAUCACUGAAUGAAGUCCCCCUUCAUUAUUUGAAACCUAACAGCUUUGUCAAGUUCCGUUGCAUGAUUCAGGAUAUGUUUGACCCUGAGUUUUACAUGGGAGUUUAUGAGACGGUUAACCAGAACACAAAAGCACGAGUUCUUCAUUUUGGAAAAUACAGGGAUAUAGCAGAAUGUGGGCCUCAACAAGAGCUUGACUUAAGCUCUCCACGAUCUACCACCGCAGAAAGACAGACCUUCUACUGUGUCCCAGUGCCUGGGGAAUCUUCAUGGGUCAAAGAGGCCUAUGUCAAUGCAAACCAAGCUCGAGUCAGUCCCUCAACUUCCUAUACUCCCAGUCGGCACAAGAGGAGUUAUGAAGAUGAUGAAGAUAUGGACCUACAGCCCAGUAAACAGAAAGACCAGCAUGCAGGUGCCCGGCAGGCAGGGGGCCUUGGUGGCCUUCACUGGUGCGGAGAGCCAAAGCGCUUAGAGACGGAGGCUUCCGCCGGGCAGCUGCCGAGCUCCGUGAACCUCUCCUCCCCGUUCGACCUGAACUUCCCCUUGCCAGGAGAGAAGGGCCCCGCCUGCCUCGUUAAGGUCUAUGAAGAUUGGGAUUGCUUCAAAGUCAACGAUGUUCUAGAGUUAUAUGGUGUGCUGUCUGUGGAUCCUGUCCUGAGCAUACUGAAUAAUGAAGAAAGGGAUGCCUCUGCACUCCUGGACCCCAUGGAGUGCACAGACAUGGCCGAAGAGCAGAGGGUGCACAGUCCUCCCGCUUCGUUAGUGCCAAGAAUUCAUGUGAUUUUAGCCCAGAAGUUGCAGCACAUCAAUCCUUUGUUACCCACUUGCCUUAACAAGGAAGAGAGCAGAACCUGUAAGUUUGUGUCCAGUUUCAUGUCCGAGUUGUCUCCGGUCAGAGCAGAGCUGCUUGGAUUCCUCACUCACGCGCUCUUGGGAGAUAGUUUGGCCGCUGAGUACCUUAUACUGCAUCUCAUCUCAACAGUAUAUACAAGAAGAGAUGUUCUUCCACUAGGAAAAUUUACAGUUAACCUGAGUGGCUGCCCACAAAAUAGUACCUUCACAGAACACCUAUAUCGGAUCAUUCAACACCUUGUUCCAGCAUCUUUUCGUCUGCAGAUGACGAUAGAAAACAUGAACCAGUUGAAACUCAUUCCCCACAAAGACUAUACGGCCAAUCGACUGGUCAGUGGCCUCCUCCAGCUGCCCAACAACACGUCCCUGGUCAUUGAUGAAACUCUUCUAGAACAAGGGCAGUUGGAUACCCCAGGUGUUCAUAAUGUGACUGCCCUGAGCAACCUGAUCACCUGGCAGAAGGUGGAUUAUGACUUCAGUUACCACCAGAUGGAGUUCCCGUGCAACAUCAACGUCCUCAUCACAUCCGAGGGGAGGUCACUACUCCCGGCAGACUGCCAGAUUCACUUACAGCCGCAGCUGAUCCCACCCAACAUGGAGGAGUACAUGAACGGUCUGCUGGCGGCCGUGCUGCCGGCCGUGCUCAACAAGUUCCGCAUCUACCUGACCCUCCUGAGGUUUCUGGACUACAGCAUAUCAGAUGACGUCACCAAGGCGGUUGAAGAUGAUUUUGUGGAAAUGCGUAAAAAUGACCCUCAGAGUAUCACAGCUGAUGAUCUCCACCAGUUGCUCGUGGUGGCUCGGUUUCUGUCGCUGAGUGCCGGUCAGACAACAUUGUCACGAGAGCGGUGGCUACGAGCCAAGCAGCUGGAGUCUUCCAGGAGAAACAGGCUUCAGCAGCACAAGGGUGUGAAUGGGAACGAACUGUAGGAGAGAAGGGCGGGCCAUCUGUAGCCUCCGUGUUGUACAAUUCAGAUUCGUUUAUACCAUAUUGUUUUAUAAAUAAUUUGUAUCCACAAACAAUGACUUCCUGAAAUCAAGCCUGAUGACGUCCAAAGUUUAUAUGAUUCUCUGUAAGGGCUUUUACCUUACUGGUUUUAUGGAGUUUUGGAGUUUGUUUUAUAAUUAGUUAUGAUGUACAAAGAUGUAUUUGAUAUUAAAGGUUUGAUAAUGAUAAUGUUGCUGAUCAUACACCAUUUCCUUAGCCAUGGCUGCAUCUUGGGCCAGACUCUUGAAGUACCAGCUUCACCUGAGGAGUUACUGGAAGAGCUGUGCGCUCAUUUCAGUCUGGUCUGAGUGUGUCUAGGGGAUGGACUUGCCAUUGACUCAUGUGAACUCUCUAGUGUCAUUUUCCACAUAUCUGGCCACAGAAACUCUCUCACUUACCAGCUAUUAACAGCCUGCAGAAUUAGGCUUUUCCACGGCAGGAGUUCCCAACUUUUGGAUUUCAUAGACUAGUAUACCUCCAAAGAGUUCUGGGGUAGAGUUGCCAAUUGAUUUUGCCAAGUCAUUUGAAAAAAACAAAAAAAAAAAAAAUCACUGUGAUCACCAUUUUGUUUUCAUACAAGGACACUCUGACAAGAGACUCUUUUGAUGGAAUAAAUGCAGUUUUGUGAAGGUCA